AUGUGGUUCCAGGCGGCGGCGGCAGAGGCAAGCCGGCUGCGGAGGGUGGCGGUGGUUGCGAGCGGCGUGUCGUGCCGUGCCGGGCGUGUGUGUGUGAAGACGCAGGUGUGUGCGAGGAAGUGUUGUGAUCGAGAAGACGUCGGUGAUCGAUGUGGUGUGGUCGCGAGAACAACGGUGACUCGUGGAACGAAGAGCGCCACCGGCAGGACCUUGCCGCUAGCGCCGUCUAGGGCGGAGUGGUGGUGGGGGUGUGGGGCGGAGCGAUUGAAAACGCGGCAGCCGCCGAUGACAGCGCCGAUCGGCGGCGUGUGGGGCCGGGGCGGAGCUCUUGCCGCCGCCGCGCGCCGCCCCGCCCGUGGCGAGGCCCUUGACGUUGGGAUUUGCUCCUUGACUGGCUGCCGUGGCGCGCGCGCGCUCUUUGGCUAG